UAGUGUAUACCUACCUGUUUCAUUCAUUGUUCAUUCAAAUUCUCUUUUCUCUAUUAUUAGGUAUCUAUUCUAUUCAAUUCAUUAAUUAAUAUUCAAUGCUUGUUUUUGUUUUUUGGCGUUUGCGUGGAUAAAAACAAUGGUUUAAAAUAAAUUUCAUUCGAUCAAUUCGAGAAACAAUCAUAAAUUAUUACUCUCUAUUCGAAAAUACAUUUAUCUUUAUCGUUCUUUCAUAUUCUUUAUUAACAUGGAAAAUUAGUGAAAAAAUUGACAGCUUAUUGACCUCGCUGUCGAAGUCGAGACGAAGGACUAUCGUGCAAAUUAUCUAGGUAUGUCGGUUUGGUCAGCCAGUACGGUUGGAAAUAAUUGCAACUGCAUACACACAAGCGGUCGUUACAAUCAACCUAAUAAUUGGUGUCCAAAACUGAGCAAGCAAUAUUGAUGACAGAUCUUACGAAAUCAUCGAAUUUGACUUUGUAAUACAGCUGCAGGAGACUCAUCUAUUAUAGCAAACACACAAGUGUGUGAUGUCGGGCGAAACUCCUAUCCAGUCUGCUGAGGGGCUGCACACGCCGGCCUACCUCUCGUGGCGCAAGUUGCAACUCAGCCGCGCCAAGUUGAAGGCCUCCAGCAAGACGUCGGCCUUACUUUCCGGAUUUGCAAUGGUAGCUAUGGUUGAAGUGCAGCUGAAUCCACCAAACGCGACCGCGGUGCCCACAGAAAUGCUAGUCGCAUUUACGGUCUGCACCACACUACUAGUCGCUGUUCAUAUGCUCGCUCUGAUGAUAAGCACGUGCAUUCUGCCCAACAUCGAAGCAGUCGGUAACCUCCACAGCAUAUCUCUUGUCCACGAAUCUCCUCACGAACGUUUGCAUUGGUACAUCGAAAUCGCGUGGGCGUUCUCCACGCUUCUGGGCCUUAUACUCUUUCUCAUAGAGAUAGCAAUACUUUGUUGGGUGAAAUUUUACGAUCUCAGCGCCACUGCCGCGUGGUCAGCAUGUGUCGUAUUAAUACCAGUUAUGAUCGUGUUCUUAGCAUUCGCUAUACACUUUUAUAUGUCGUUGGCGACUCAUAAGUAUGAAGUGACAGUAACGGGGAUAAAGGAGUUGGAAUUGUUAAAGGAACAAAUUGAAAUGGGUGAUCAGGACACUAGGAUGAAUAAUCUAACGUUGCUAGACCAGAGUCGUAUUGUUUGAUUAAUAUGUUUUAAUGUUUUUAUUACGGAAUGUUAUUGUAGUUUAUUUUAACAUAGUGUCGUAUCUGUGGCACAAGUGAGGACAAAAGUUACCAUUGGGCCUUUUUGAAAUUAAAAAAAGAAGUAAAUGAUUGUGUCUAUUUGUAUAUUAUAUUUUCACAGCCGAAACAUUAUAGACAGGUUUAAAUGAAAUUUGAUGAAACAAUAGUUCGAUAGCUAUAAUUCCGCCAUAUUGAAUUUGUCGUGACGUCAUAUCUAUUAUAUAAUCUUAGGACAUAUACAGAUAAAUUAUAGUGUUAUCAUAAGUCCAAUAGAAAUCUUAUUAGAUAUGGAUUAGGUACAUAUAUUGAAUGACCUUAGUAAACAAAACAAAUAUUAGUUAAUACACUUUACAUACAAACUGUUUAUUGUAAGUUAAUAUCUACAUACAAUUUGGAAUCCAGUAAAGAUUUAAGUCACUUAUGGACCUAUUGUAUAAUUGAAACGGUCCCUAUUAAUAUUGUAGGCUUGUGAGACGAAAAUGUAAUAUGUGCCUUGUUUUUGGAAGUGAUUUUUUUACACAAUUCAUUAUAUAGCUAACAGAUACAUAUGUGUUCAAAUUCAAUUUUCUAGUUUCCUUUGCUAUAGUAAUAUAUGAUUUUUUAAAUUUCAAUAAAAUAAUAGCAUUUCCAAUAGAGGGAAGAGGUCUCUGUAACAAUCUGCGUUUUCAAAGACUGUAAUGUUAUAAUGUUGUACGUUGUCGACGUAGCGAAGAAAUAUAUGCUCAAAUGUACAUAGUAAUUUUUAUUAUCUGCUCAUAAUGAUUUCGACUUUAUUUAAAAAAAAAAAAACGUAUAAUAAAUGCGGUUAUACGUUUUUUUUAUUUAACUAUUCACGUUGUUUAACGUGGAGCAAAAUUAUAAAUUUUAUUAAUGACUUAAAGUCACGAAACAUUUACAACACUAAAUUAUAGUAAACUAGCGACCCACCCCAGCUUCGCACGGGUGCAAUGCUAAUACUAAAUAUACCUACUUACUACAGAAUGUCCUUAAAACCAAUGUUAACCGCUUUUUUGUCAUUAGACAAUACAAACAUGAUAGGGCGAAGCACGGCCUUCGACGCGCUAUUUAUAGGAUAAUAUCUUCGGAAAUAUUUAUUUAAAUUACAUGCUGUAAAGGGUCAUAUUGAUCUAAAUUAAAUGGAUGUAUUUAAGGUACUUAAUUGGAUAAAAAUUAAUGCUGUAUUGCUUAAAAUCACUUCGUAAAUAAGCCAUUCUUUCCCGUAAAAUAUAGAGGAUAAAAAAUGAUUAUUGUGGGUUAUCAUUAAGAGAUAGACAUAUAUCAUCGCGCACUUUUUGUUGUCCUUUUUACAAUAUAGAUGUACAAUACUGUAGUAUAUUGUUUUGUUUUAUCUCGUGGGGUUCAGCCAGCGUUUGCAAUGUAAGCGCAAAAAAUGUGUUUAUUUACGACAUCACAUUAGAAAUCUCUAAAUUUAUCAGUGUUUCUCUAUAAUAUUAUUAUUAUUAUUAUUAUAUUAUGCAUGUAUUAUACAUAUAAACCUUCCUCUUGAAUCACUCUAUUUAUAAAAAAAAACGCUUCAAAAUCCAUUACGUAGUUUUAAAGAUUUAAGCAUACAUAGGGACGGACAGACAGAGACAGCGACUUUGUUUUAUACUAGGUAGUGAUAGUGAAGUGUAGAUACCGCCUUCAGGUGACCAAUUACGAGGUUUUUCUUUUUUUUUUCCUUAUUGAAAACAAAAGUGUCAGUUUGUGGCAAUUUUUUUACUUACAAAUAAGCUUGAUAUAAUAGAAAUAGUAAUACUAAUUCUAUUGAUUUAGCUAUGAGCUACAAUUCAACAACACAUAUGCAGUUAAUUGGAAUUAGACAUAUUUACAAGUAUAUCUAAUUUGCGGAUUGAGAAUCAUAACUCCCACUCGGAGAAUCAAUUGAGAAUCUUUAAAUUCUGCAAAACCCAGUUUAGAAAUGGUAUAGAUUAUAAUUGAUCUAUGAAUGUCAUGAAUACAAUCAAUUUUUGACUAGUUAUUACUGCCAUAGGUGCGAUACUACAAUUUUCCCUAUACCUAUAAUAAUAUAUUUUUAUGCAUAUGUACUUAUCCGAUAAAACUGUACUUAUCAAGUUAUCUUUGUAAGUGCCAAUUAAUGGACGUUGCCCAUUUCGUACAGUGCUCUGUUUACGUUGAAAGUUCUUAGAGAUAAGACAAAAUGGAUGUUCGACUUAGUUUUGAUUUCUCAGAGUUUUCAUUUGGCGACAUACUAGCGUCUAGACGCAGUCUCUUAAUAUGAAACUAAUAAUUGCACUCGGACCAUAUUUUUAAAUUAUAUAGAACUGUCAAAACUAAAUUUGACAUCAAUUAUCAACCUGUUUUUUAUUAAGAGUAUACUUGAGUAGGCAUUAGAUUGUAAGAUUUAAUUACUUGACAAUAUUUUAUGCUGAAUGGAUUCCCAGUUAUAAACCCACGAAAGAAAUACUGCCUAACAUCAGUUGGCAAUUUUUUUAAACCAUUUUAAAACAAAAGUGAUUCUCGUUAAAGUACGUGAUAUAGUCACACCGGUAGAUCGCGUCCUUCUACUGGGACCACACUUACACUCCGAUAGAGAUGCGGGUUCAUAUCGGAUCUAAUUCUUAGGAGAAUAAAUUCGACGUAAUAUUUAAGAUUUAUUGUAGACAAUUAUAUUCCUGUACAUGGCAUGACAAAUGAAUCUCUGAUCAGUUCCAUAGAUAAAGUACAUAUCGUUUCUGCACUUUGUCUAAGGGACAGACUCAUCAAAACAAGUGAUAAACGAAUCAAUUUUCUAGAUACGUUUCCACUAUUACAUAUAAUGGAGUAAAAGUUCUGUCUUUUUCUAAACAUAUGAAUGCGGUAGCUUAAACGUAGAUUCUACAAAUCGUUUGCAACUUGUUAAGAGAGUCAGUUAUACUUGUAUUGAAAUAGACAUAGAUAACUUUCUAAUAGUAAUACAUUUUAUACACUUAAUAUUUAAUCUAUAUUACUGAAGUUAAAAAUAAUAAUUGGUGACACUAGACAAAAUUACGUAGACGUUUACAAUUUUUUUUUUUUU